AUGCCUUCUAUAACCGGAGAUGGCUUUGACCUUCCCGUGUCGAAGCGACAGAGAAUAACGCAACCGCAAUUGUCCGCGCAAGAGAAGAAGGAAUCGCAGUCCCGAAUCUUUUCUCAUUUCAGGACUCUCGGCUUAGUCUCGCCCACCACAGUUCCGUUCACCUCCGUGCGUCUUGGAAAAUCUACAUAUCAAAUCACAACUUCGGUAGGAAGGGUACUUCAAACCUAUGACCUCAAGCGUGGUCUGAGUCUGGUCUUUGCCAGCCAACCUCGAACUCCGGGAUUAAUUACGGCGACAUGCGCCUGGAAGAACUAUGUGUUCGCAGCUUGGGGAGGGCUACGGCCUGGAGAAGAUUCAGGAAUAUGGGUGUUUCAACGAGGAAAGAAGAUCGCUGAGUUAGAAAUUUCCCCGAAUACCACCGGUUCCGUUUCGCGAAUCCUUGUAUUUGGAUCCUGGAUUAUUGGCUGUUGCGAAAGAAGUAUACAAGUUUGGAAGAAUCCGUCUUUCGAGCAUUAUACGACAUUGGUUCCGGAGAUUUCACCAGGCGCUUCAGACUUACCGGUGUUCACAGGCCAUGUUUGUAACAUGCCUACUUAUUUGAAUAAGAUAUUUGUUGGAAGAUAUGAUGGUACCGUUGAGCUCUGGAAUGUUAGCAGUGGAAAGCUUCUGUACAGGUUUUCGCCUGCAACGGCCAAGGAUGAUGCAGUCACUGCAAUAGAAGCGACUCCAGUCCUAUCACUCAUCGCCAUUGCUUACAGAAGUGGCACCGUCGUCCUUCGAAAUGUUGACUCUGAUGAGGUUCUCAUGUCGCUGAACGCAUCAACAUCAAAGUCACAUCCAAUAACUUCGAUAUCCUUCCGGACUGACGGUAUGGGAGCUGGUGAAGACGGUAGGAUGGCGGGAGUCAUGGCCACCGCGUCUAUGUACAGUGGUGAUGUCACUCUCUGGGAUCUGAACAAUGGGGGCAAGAAGACAGGGGUACUCAGAAGUGCGCAUGAUAUGACUGCUCAGAGCUCUGACAGUGGUGUCAACAAGAUUGAGUUCUUGGAUGGUCAGCCAGUCAUAGUCUCGUCCGGAAGGGACAAUGCCCUGAAGACGUGGAUAUUUGACAGUUCACCCUUCUCACCGAUCCCAAGACCCUUGCAUUCAAGAGGUGGUCAUGCUGCAGCAGUCUGUUCCCUUCGGUUCUUGCCCUCUGCUUCCGACGGUAGCGACUCUAUCGGUAAAUGGCUGCUCAGUGCAUCCAGAGACCGCUCUUUCUGGGCAUUCAGUCUGCGCAAAGAUAGCCAGAAUGUCGAGCUAUCACAGGGUAAAGUCAAGGCCGCUGCCAAGAAACGUGGCAUAUCGAGCGCAGCAGAGGCGGCUGAGGAACUCAAAGCCCCUGAAAUUACAUCAAUUGCUUGCUCGCUCAAUCGUGAUCCUGGAAUGGGAGCAAGUAGCCAACAAGUAUGGACCAAUUCAAGAGAUCUCAAGAAGCAUCCACAGGGAGAAAAUGGGUGGGAAAGUGUUAUAACAGCGCAUCGAGGUGACAAGUAUGCGCGCACUUGGUACUGGGGUAAGAAAAAGGCUGGUCGUUGGGUACUCGAGACGAGUGAUGGAACAGAAGUCAAGAGCGUGGCAAUUUCAAAUUGUGGUACCUUUGCUGCAGUGGGUUCCGCGGGGGGUAUUAUUGACGUCUACAACCUACAGUCUGGCCAGCGUCGACAACGGUUCCCGCCAUCGUCAUCAAAAAACAACAAGCUUGGAAAUGUCUCGGCCUCGGGACACACCAAGGCCAUUACUGGUCUUGCAAUCGAUAACUUGAACCGGAAUGUUGUGAGUUGUGGAUUAGAUGGGAAGCUCAAGUUUUGGGAUUUCAACUCCGGUCAUCUUCUUGCUGACUUGGAUUGGGCGCCUAUGACGGCCAUCACCGGACUGCGUUUCAGUAGUAUCAACGAACUUGCAGCUUUGAGUUGCGAUGACCUAUCUAUUCGUGUGGUAGAUUUGGAGACAAAGAAAGUUGUCCGAGAACUCUGGGGCUGCCGAGGGCAGAUUAACGACUUUGUUUUCUCCAUCGACGGCAGAUGGAUUAUAGCCGCAUCUAUGGACUCUAUCAUAAGAGUCUGGGACUUGCCAACGGGGCACUUGGUUGAUAUUUUCCGAGUACCAACAACAUGUACUGCCCUUGCCUUCUCUGGUACAGGUGAAUAUCUUGCCACUGCUCAUGCGGGUGAAGUCGGUGUACACAUUUGGAACAACAAGAGUCUCUUUACCAACUUCCGACCUGUUCAUAUCGACGAGACCGCGCUAGUAUCAAACGUGGCUUCUGUGACAUCUACUGAGUCAGGAUCAAGUAUGGUUGAUGCUGCCCUAACCGCCGAUGUGGAUGAUGAAGACCAAGACAAGACGGCCAUAUCAUUCGAACAACUUGACAGGGACAUGACUACAUUGAGUAUUGUUCCUCGGGCAACCUGGCAAACACUGAUCAACCUGGAUAUUGUCAGGGCUCGCAACAAACCCAAAGAACCAGCCAAAGCUCCAGAAAAGGCACCUUUUUUCCUACCAUCUCUCCAAGACGAUCAGUCUGCAGCCCCUAUAGCUGGCAUUGACGACCAAAAGGAGUCAGAACGAAUGCCGAUUUCGAAGAGCAUUCUAUCACAACAGGACUCACCCGUCAGUAAAUUGUUGAGAUCCGGCUCAAACAACAAGAACUUUUCACCUUUCAUCGAUUACUUCAAGUCCCUCUCGCCAGGAAAGAUUGAUCUAGAAAUUCGCUCUCUAAAUGUCCAGCUAUUGCGAGAUGGAUACUGUGAGCUAGUCAGCUUUGUGGAUGCAUUGACGGAGAGACUUUGCUUGAAGAAGGAUUUCGAGCUCGUCAAUGCCUGGAUGGCUGUGUUUUUGAAAGUUCAUAGCGACCUAAUAUGUGGUGAUGGUGAGUUAGCAACUGUUUCUUCGGAUGAGGAUCUGGUGAGCACUUUGCGUACUGCUCUGAUGGGUUGGAAGAAGGAGCAGGAAAGUGAGGCUAAACGAUUGUCUGAGUUGAUGGGUUACUGUCGUGGAAUUGUUGGGUUCCUUCGGUCAUCUCGUUAG